AAAAAGCACAAGCGGCAUGCCGAUCUGCUGCCCCCGAAGGCGCGGGGUUCAGCACCUGCCUGCUCUGCUGUAAUUUCGAGAUUAAAUUGAGAUUAAAUGGAACUGUAAACGUUCAGGAGGAUUAGUGGCCCAGUCAUUUAUUUGGUUGAUAGGAUGACAUGUGUUUUCAGGCCAGAAUGAAUGUCGUGUUUGGUUCCACACUCUGCUGGGCCUUGGGAGUGUCACAGCCUCAACGCAUAAUGUUAAGUAGUAAACGUCAGAGACUGGACGCUGAGUAGGCCAAACCUGCUCAGAAGAUGAGACCCCCCCCCCCCCCCCCAAAUGUUAGGUCAUCACUUUUAGGUAUCCUUUCAUGGUUCAAGUUUGAAUGUGCCUCUGAGCUUCGUUUGCAGUUUAUCUUUACCCUCAUAAGCUACCAUAGCUACCUAGUGGCUUGUAGAAAUAGGUGCUGCCAGUUAAUGUAGUUUCAGCCUUACUGGAGAUUCAACCUUAUUUCUUGGGUCAACCCUAUAAAAAUGUUUUUAUCAGACACAUUUAUCCAAAGCAAUGUACGAGUGCGGUGAGCUUUGUGGUCAGAGAUCAGGGCCGAUGGGUUUUCCUAGUCUAGAAUGAGCCUUGCUUACAGACCCCUGUUUACAGAUCACUUUGCUAACCGUAGGAUUCGAACCUGAGACGUUCCGGAUAUGGACACAGGCCUCUAAUCCACUGAGCUACACAUCCUCCCCUGUUUGGUAGCGUUUGUUCAUUAGCCUUUAAUCUACAUUGUCCAGAUGGUACAGCCUUGACCUGAACUGUGAUUGGUUUAAAUUUGGCCUGCCUCAGUAACUGUGUGUUUCUUCUUUAUUUUACUGGUCACAUGACUUUAAGCACGCCAUUCGCUUGCACUCUGUACACGGCAUUGGAGAUGAUGGCUCCCCGCCUUACCCAACGUGCCACGCAGCUGAGAUCAUGCCGGCGUAAGAAGACCUGGCCAGUGUCGUUCUCCCAGGAGGAGCUAAGGCAACGCCUUACACCUAUCCAGUACCAUGUGACCCAGGAAAAAGGCACUGAAAGUGCCUUCAGAGGGGAGUUUACCGACCACAAGGAGGAAGGCAUCUACACAUGCGUGGUUUGUGGCACCUCCCUCUUUGAGUCUGAUAAGAAGUUUGACUCUGGAUCAGGAUGGCCCGCCUUCUACGACCUGAUCAAAGAGGACACCAUCACGCAGACAGACGACUUCUCCUAUGGCAUGCACAGAGUGGAGGCCACCUGUAGCCAGUGCGGAGCCCAUCUGGGUCACAUCUUCGACGAUGGCCCUCGACCCACAGGGAAGCGCUACUGCAUCAAUUCAGCCUCCAUGGCUUUCAAGAGCAAGGAGCAGACUGUACCCAGCUGCGCCCAGGGACCCGAGACGGAGGCUGCCAUCACAGAGGCUUCCAAGGUAGCUGCCAAGGCGCCCAUCAAGGGGGCUGCCAAGGGGCCCACCAAAGGGGCUGCCAAGGGGCCCACCAAAGGGGCUGCCAAGGAGGCUUCCAAGGUCGCCAGCAAGGGGGCUGCUAACGGGGCCCCAGGGAGCCGCUCCAGGGCCCCAACAGCCCCCAGCAAGACUGAGUUCUGAGACCCCCCCUCCCAUGGUAUUCCAGCCUGAUUACCCCUGACCAUAGGGCUACAGAUGAUUGACCCACUGGGCCAAAUAUCCCAGACCAAGGAGCCCUACAGGUACUGAGAACACUCCCAUAUGAAGCCCAGAUAUCCACCAAACAGAACCUGCAAGAGCAACAAGCACCAUUUAUGUUAAUGGCUCCGCCCAGAUUACCCAGAAUCACCCUCACUGCACGCAGCCACUCCCCCCUCCCAUUUGAAUGAAACUCAGUCUGGACGCAGAGAGGUGGGGGAAGUAGAGGAGGACUACCCCUUACUCUCCUUUAUGACCGUCAGACACUUGAUUUUAAAGGUUUUACAGAGGUUUUUAUAAUAGAUUCUUAGUUAUGCUUAAAAAAAAUUCCGCCCUUACAAAUGUACCACCAAGCUUUACGUUGAAGAAUAAACACAUACAUACUUUGCUAGAAUACAGUAUUACUUUGAAGUGACAUUUGAUACAGGGAGUCGAACAGUUUGAGGAACACUAUGCAAGAGCUCUAAGGGGAGAAUGGGAACGGGAACAGAGGCCUCUUUCAAAGAGGCCGGGAUGCGUGACAGAUGUUUAGUCUGAACACGGAGGGAGCCGAAUAUCUGAGGCUGAUUUCUUGCCUCCUGCCCUGGUGCCUUUUUGCCCUGAAUUGAACAUUUUCUGUGUUUUCCUUCACUAGCAGUGUGAGAAGAGUACUGAUAUUCAAUAAAUCUUGACACACUUGA